AUGAAUAAUCUCGACUACUUGGACUCCUCCGAUUCGGAUCAUGAGAUCGAACAGGAUCUUAAUGCUAUGGAGAACAUUGAGUCGCAAAUUGAUCCUUAUUGGUUUGGAGUGACUGAUGACGAUGAUGAGGAGGAGAAGCGCGUUGCCACAACCGGCCAAGAAAAAAUUAGUGAAAAGAUUCAGAAAGCCUGCGAUAUUUUGGGGUACAGCAUAGAUAGCAACUCGUGGUACACUGCAUACAAGCAGUACACAGAGCUGAUUAAGAAAUACGAGAAUGAUUUUAAAAAGCACUCGCGGCCUUUUGUGGAAUUUUUAGCCUAUCUUCCGGAUCUUAAUGAAAGCCUUGAGGGUAAGACCAAAGAGGACUUCGAGGAUAAAAGGGAUUUUUCCUCUCUCAAGCAACUUAUCCCUUUGCUUAACGAUGCAAAGCAAAAGUACGCCAAGGAAAUUGAGCAGCUGGAUAGGGAUGAAAGCCAAGGAGAAUCGGACGAUGAUGGUGUCGUUGAGAGCAAAAUUGCGGAGGACAGCAUUGAGUAUAUAAAAAGUAUUGUAUUGACCCGCAAAAAUAUUAAAUCGGGAACUUUAUUGAAUAUUGCCAAAGUAGCGCGUCAGAAAGGUAAAACUGUUUUGCAAAUCACUGCAUUGAGUCUCGCUUCAGGAGUCAUUCUGGAACGUAUUCACCACGAUGACGCGUCGAUUGAUCUCAUCACAUGGAACGAAGCGCUGAAAGCUGCACAGCAGUGCUUCGAGCUUAUCACCAGUACCCCAAAUAUACGCUUAACCGAGGAUAUUGGAAAGUUAAGUGAAAAAACGGCUCUCGUUGCAGGCGAUUUCUCGAACAUUCUUAUGAAUUUAUGGCAAAAGAUUUUCUUGAUUAUCCAAAGUAUAGAUGGAACUCUUGGUGACUACCUACCGGCUGUUUUACAUGAGAAUCGAUUAGCGGAUUUCGCUGACAGUGUUCUGGGGUAUUAUCAGCUAAAAGGCAUAAAUGCUAAGAAAUCUCAUAUUCGCACGUGUGCAGAGGUUCUUCUUAGUAUUCUUGGCCCACGUCGCCAAGCAGCGCAUUCCAUGUUGUUGAAAAGGAUGGUUAUGAAUCGGUGUAUUAUCACUGAGUCCGUUUUGGACAGUAUUAAAGAGCUCCACAGUAUUCUGGUCUCUGUGGGUGAUGAGAAAAACGCUAAAUGUGCAAUCUGCUACAUUGCUUAUCAGUAUGGGCUGCUAGGCAAAUAUCGUGAGGGCCGGGAUAUACUUUUGCGCUCAGGUAUUCAGGAAUACCUCAGGACAAAAGAGGACGACAUGGUUUUUUAUCCAAAGCUGUCCGUCUUAUUCAACCGUGCCAUGGCACAGUUGAGCUUAGGUGCUUUCAUUUCUUCAGACAUUCAACAAACUUAUGAUUUAAUCGGAGGCAUCUGGAACCUUCGAAACCAUAAUGUUUUGAUUGGGGAAAACAUACCUGGACGACUUAAAAAGGGUGAAGCGCUUGAAUACAAAAAAUUCAUGGUUGCACCGUAUCACUUCAUUCCCUCACCGCAGCUGGAAUUGGCAGCCAUGCUUUCAGCAUUAAUUAUCGACACCACAAUCGUGGCUAAGAACCCAUACGAACGAAGUUGGUUGCAAAAAUUCUUCCACGGGUCCAUCAAUCGGCGAACUCAACUUUGUGGUAAGCCUAAGAAUAUUCGGGAUCAGAUCCCUGCAGCCUACUACGCUCUGAAGGCAGGAAACUAUCUGGAGGCGAAGGAAGUGGUCUCGAGCAUUUCUAAUUGGGACGCCUUUUCUAAUAAAGACGAGGUCCUUAAGGGUUACUUAACUCACCUGAAGGAGGCAGCACUCCGUAUCUUUUGCUAUGAAAACCGAUGCAACUUUUCCACAUUUUCGGCACCACAGCUGGCUUUGAAAUAUGAUAUGACUGUGGAGAAAGUGCGUCAAGUAAUAAACGGGAUCAUAUCCGAUAAUAACGCUCUCGUAGCAUACUGGGAUCGAGAUGACGUUAAUCUCUACGUGGAUCGCAGUAAUGUCACCAGGCUUCAGCAUUUGGUAUUGCAGGCCUCCGAUUCAGUUUCUGAAUUGGCCCCAUAUACAGAGCGCAGGUCACGUGAAGGGGAUGGACGUGGUGGAAGAGGAGGGCGUGGGAUCGGUAGGGGGCGCGGUAGGAAUUAA